AGCCUAUCCCGCCGGUUUUCGGGAAAUGAGCAUCUCACAAUCGUUGCUAGCUUUUACUCGGCCCGUUGGCCGAUUAAUUUGCUUUAUAAAACUUUCAUCUUGUCAUCAUUGUGCUUUCUGGUUUUUUGCCAAACCAUAAUAAAAUCUAAAGAAAUCAAGAAUGAACAACACGAUUUGGGAUAGGAACCACCGUUCCUGUAUCCUUAUAAAAUGGUGGUAAACAAGAACUCACCUGCCAAACUGGUUUGGAUUGAGAUUUUUAUCGGGUAUGAGGGAACCAUGUGAUUAUAAAUUAGACUUGAUCAAAACGGGCCAAAACUUGAAAUUCAACUUGUUUGACCGACUCAUGCCAAACUCUAAUUAUUCUUUACUUUUAAACUUUCUAUUUGAAAAUAAAAAAUAAUGAAAGAAAAGAGAUGACUGCAAUUCGUCAUUUGCACAUCACUGAUUCGGGAAUAAACUAUAGAAUUUCGAAAGGAAACUGAAAAUGUUUAGGAUCAUUUUAAUGUUAAAAAUAACCAAAUAGAUCUUUCUGUUUAGUUUUUUUACUAACAAAUACCAAAUGAUUCCCUAUAAUAUACACUAUAAUUUAAUCAUUAUGAUAUCAAAUAAUUACAUAAUAUAUAUUUGAAAUGAUAAAAAUUGGACUAAUUGGAUUGGUCGAGGUUGAACCAUUAAAUAACUUUAAAAUACAUUAUAUUUUAGUCACUAAGAUAUAAAAUAAUAGCAUAAUAUAUAUUAUGCUAGAGAAAAUAGCUUGUUUUAGAAUGACAAACCCAUGAUGUUCAUUUGUUUAAUUUGACGGGCAAAUCCCGUAUAGGUCAGGCCCAUUCAACUCUUUUAUUUUAUGAUUAACGGUUAUCCCAUUAGAAUCCAUGCAUUAGUUUAUUGUUAAAUUUUUUUUCUUUUUAGCAAUAAAAAGGAGUAUUGGUUUUUCCUUUUCAGAUAUAUUUUACCACCACGGAGAAAUAAAAGGACUUAAAGAAAAAAAUUGACACUCCUGGACCCGUUUAAAUCCGCAUGUGUACGGUAAGUUGGCCCGUUCCAUAGAGGAAAAAGAAAAAAUUGACACUCCCUAUUCUACUCUUCCUACAAACGAUCAUGGAGCAGAGAAUUUGAAAUGGGGGAAGGGUUUUUUUCUUCUCUCUGCGAUUAUAUGUUUUUAAUUUAAAAAAAUACAACCAUUGUACUUAGUGUGAUUGUUUAUGAUCGUUGUUUUUUUUUAAAUGGCCAUGGAUCCUAGUAAGUGUCUUUUUAAUGAAUAAUAAAAAAGUAAUUGUGAAGACCAAAAUGUUCUUCCUAGUUUCACUCUGGAUGCAGGAAAUUUCAUAUGGUGCUUCAUGUUUUUUCAUUUGGCUUUUAUUUAUUGUGUAGAUGUAGAUUCAUGGUUGAACUGUGGCUCAGGUAAACCGUAAGCCCGUCACUCUGUAUUUCUCCCCUUUCUCCGUCAUGUUAUGCCCCCUACCACUCUCCCUUCUUUGUUCUCAACAUAGUUCGGCCGAUUUCACUGUUCCUUAUGCGUGUUGUUUAUCAGCCGAUGAAUGGAACAUUUUCCCCAAAUGACGAUGAAUCUGAAUCUCACUGAAUUGAACAAGUUGGACGAUGAAGCGAAUACCGAAACGGGUCUGCUCGCCCACGCAAAGCAGGAUACGCAUGAGUACAUAAGCAGCAACUCAGUCAAGACCCAGGACGCAGUUAUGGCCGAGAGUGCUGGUGGCGCUGAAGCUACUGCACCGGCACACGAUCCCCCAGGUGAGGCAAAAGUGAUAUCAUCUAAAGGUGUGCUGCAUAAAGUUUGUUCCGCAAACAAGUGGAAGCUCCCUGAAUAUGAAUACUCCUUGGAGCAAGAUCCUUCCCAAAUGAUACGGUUUACCUGUAAGGUUAUAGUCGAGAUCCCGGUUGAAGAAGCAGCAUCCACUACGUUCUUGGAGUGUUUUAGUAAUCCCAUGCCCAAAAAGAAAGCGGCAACGGAGCAUGCGACUUCAGGAGCUAUCUGGUAUUUAAAGCAGCUUGGUUACUUCCCCUCGAAAGGAAAGUCCAAGAGUAAAAGGAGGAAGAAUAACCACAAGAAACCGAAAACGGAUGGAGAGUACAACCCCACGAGCCAGUGACAAUCUCAAGUGGGUUUCUUUCUAACUUGUCAAGAUGAAGUAGGCAUGGGUGAACUGGCUGCAAAAAUGGUGGUAGCACUGGUUCACAUACUAACCUUGAAGAGAACCAGUAGCGGGUGCAAACACUCUCAGUCAAUCUCUGUAUCUAUGGGCCCUGUUACUCAUUUUGAAUAGUGCAUGUUUUGUAAAAGCCUUUGCUAGGAGCCUAGGAUGAUGAUAUCUGUCAUGCCUUGAGGCUUGAGCUGUGUAGGAAGAAUCAAGAGGUUUUGGGCAGAAUAUUAUUUAGAUGUUUUUUUUACAUCAUUUUGAUUAUCUCUUUGGUAAUGCCUUAACAGCUCAUAUUCAAAGCAAAUAAAGUAAACCGAAGUGCAGUGACAGGCAUGAUUCAUAAUGCGAAGCAGAUUUCCUAGUUGAAACCUACGCGAACUUUCAAUAUGUUUCAUGAUGCUCUCGAGUAGAGGAUGUUCUUGAUGGCGAGAUCUAUCCUAAACUACGUUAUAACUAUUCUUAAAAUACUAAAAGAUAAAUUGAAAUAUUCUUG